CUUCUUUCCGACGCCUUUCCUCUUUUUUUCAAAAGAAAACAUUCAACUUUUUUCUUUGUGUAGGUAGACCCUUUGGAUCAUCGGAAAAGCUCUUUUUGAAGUCACCCCAACUAAUAGUUGUUGAAUCUUUUUUUUUUUGUUCCUCUUAAAAUUAAAUUCUCUCUCUCUGGAGAUCUGAUUUGUUUCUCAUUUGGGUCCAACCAUGGGUGGGUUUUGUUGAAGCUUUUUGAGUUUUGCAUAAUUGAGUACAAAAAAAAAAGUUGUCUUUCUUCUCUGUCUUUGUUAAAGUUUUGGUUUUUGGAGUUGAGUGGUUGAAUAGAAAUUAUGAUGGAAGCGGGUAGCUCCAAUUCGUCGGGUCAACUUUCCGGGCGGGUCGUUGACACAAGAGGUAAACACAGGAUCCACGCCGAACUCAAAAGGCUUGAACAAGAAGCUCGCUUCUUAGAGGAAGAGCUGGAGCAGCUUGAAAAGAUGGAUACUGCAUCAGCUUCUUGCAAAGAGUUCUUAGACAGUGUUGAGAGCAAACCAGAUCCUCUUCUUCCCGAAACAAUAGGGCCAGUGAAUGCAACAUGGGAUCAAUGGUUCGAAGGUCCUCCCGAAGCAAAAGGAUGUGGCUGCUUCAUUCUUUAAAUCUUCACUUCCUCUCCUACGUUACUCCUUUUCCUCCAUACAAUAGUUUGCCCUUUUUACAUUCCUGAGCAGUUAAAUUGAUGUAAUUUGGAAAGAAAAACUGAUUCAUCUGUGCAGAUAAUAAAAUGUAUUGAUAUCCA